AUGGCUAAUCCAAAUGAUCUAUGGGAGAAGCGGCUGCAGGAUCCAAGUGCAAAACCAGUGCCUCUGCCAUUUGAAUUUUUGAAAGCCAUUACAUGUGAUUUUUCCAGUGAGCAAGAACUCGGCAGAGGUGGGUAUGGAGUGGUUUACAAGGGAGUUCUUCCGAGUGGAAAAAUUAUUGCCGUCAAGAAGCUUUUUCAAACACAUCUGACGGAUGAUACGAAAUUCCAGAAUGAGGCCAGUUCUCUUAUGGGGAUCAAGCACCAAAAUGUAGUGCAGUUUGUUGGCUACUGUGCCGAAACAAGUUUUGAAUUGGUGGACGUCGAAGGUAGUGGGAAACAUAUUAUGGCUGAAAUACCAAAGAGAUUGCUUUGCUUUGAAUAUGUACGCAUGCAGCGAAAGCCUUCACAAGUACAUCUCAGAUGA